GCGGGGAGGGAGGGGCUACGAGGGAUUUGAAAGUGCACAGGCUGCGCCGCGGAGCUCGCAUCUGUUCCCGCCGCCCGCGCCCGGAUUAAAUUUCUGCAAAUUCAGACUGAAUGGGGCUUUCUUCUGCUGCCGUCCAGAGGGCGCCUGCAGCCCGCCGCGCGCCCAGCUAGGACGAGCAGGCGAGCGGACCCGAGCCCGCGCGGUCGAGCAGGCGGGGCGGAGGCAGCGGAGGCGCCGGGCGCGGGGACCCGAGCGCCGGGAUCCGGGACCCGGGCACUGGACCGCUCCCUCGCCGCCCCUCCCCGGCCAGAGCGACUCCCUGCGCCUCCGAGCGCGGCCACUGACCUCGGCAGCUCAGACGGGACCCGGGGCGGGGCCCGCGUCUUGCAAGGGGCCCGGCCACCCUCCGAAGAAGAACUUGUUGGGGGCGGGUCCCCGACCCCCACCGCCUGGGCGGCCGCUAUUGUCUGCGCGCGCUCGGCGGGGCCGGGCCCGGCGGCGGCGGGAGGAGCCGGAGCGGAGCCCGAGCGGAGCGGGAGGAGGAGCCGGGCGGCGCAAUGCCGGCGGCGGCGGGGGACGGGCUCCUGGGCGAGCCCCCGGCGGGGGGCGGCGAGGAUGCGGCCCGGCCGGCGGCGGCCUGCGAGGGAAGUUUCCUGCCGGCCUGGGUGAGCGGCGUGCCCCGCGAGCGGCUGCGCGACUUCCAGCACCACAAGCGCGUGGGCAACUACCUGGUCGGCAGCAGGAAGCUGGGCGAAGGCUCCUUCGCCAAGGUGCGCGAGGGGCUGCACGUGUUGACCGGCGAGAAGGUGGCCAUGAAAGUCAUCGACAAGAAGCGGGCCAGGAAGGACACGUACGUCACCAAGAACCUGCGGCGGGAGGGGCAGAUCCAGCAGAUGAUCCGCCACCCGAACAUCGCCCAGCUGCUGGACAUCCUGGAGACGGAGAACAGCUACUACCUGGUGCUGGAGCUGUGCCCCGGGGGCAGCCUCAUGCACAGGAUCUACGAGAAGCAGCGGCUGGAGGAGCCCGAGGCCCGCAGAUACGUCCGGCAGCUGGUGUCCGCGGUGGAGCACCUGCACCGGGCCGGGGUGGUCCACCGGGACUUGAAGAUAGAAAACCUGCUGCUGGACGAAGACAACAACAUCAAGCUGAUCGACUUCGGGCUGAGCAACUGUGCGGGGAUCCUGGGCCACUCCGACCCGUUCAGCACGCAGUGCGGCAGCCCCGCCUACGCCGCGCCCGAGCUGCUGGCCAGGAAGAAGUACGGCCCCAAAAUCGACGUCUGGUCCAUAGGCGUGAACAUGUACGCCAUGCUGACGGGGACCCUGCCUUUCACCGUGGAGCCCUUCAGCCUGAGGGCUCUGUACCAGAAGAUGGUGGACAAGGAGAUGAACCCCCUCCCCGCGCAGCUCUCCACAGGAGCCAUCACCUUCCUGCGCUCGCUGCUGGAGCCCGACCCCGUGAAGAGGCCCAACAUCCAGCAGGCCCUGGCCAACCGCUGGCUCAACGAGAAUUACGUGGGCAGAGCGCCGUGUAGCGUCGCCUACCCCAACAGGAUCUCGCUGGCCGACCUGAGCCCGAGCGUGGUGCUGCACAUGACGGAGAAGCUGGGCUACCGGAACAGCGACGUGGUCAGCACCGUGCUCGCCAACCGCGCCUGCCACAUCCUCGCCGUCUACUUCCUGCUGAACAAGAAGCUCGAGCGCUACCUGUCGGGGAAACCCGACGUCCAGGAUGGCCUCUGCCCCAGGACCCCGCUCUCCCAGGUGGGCAGGUGCAGGCCCAGCAAGGAGCCCUACGAGGCCUCCCUGGACGCCUGGACGCGGGACCUGGACUUCCCUGCCGCGCAGGACAAGAAGCCCAAAGAACAGGAGAAAAGAGGGGACCUCCUCCACCGGCCGCUCCCCAGGAAGCCGGACAAGCCCCUGCUCUCGCACAGGCCGCCCCCGGCCUCGCCCUCGACGCAGGUGCCGGGCACCAGGCUGCUGCUGCGGGACCGCAAGGCCACCAAGUCCGGCCUCCCCGACAAAGAUUCCUUCGGCUGCCGCAACAUCUUCCGCAAAACCUCGGACUCCCAUUGCGUGGCUUCUUCCUCCAUGGAGUUCGUGGCCGUCCCGCCGCCCAGAACGCCCAGGGUGGUCAAGAAGGCGGAGCCCCCCCAGCAGGGCCCGGGGGGCAGCGGUGUCCUGCCCCGGGAGGACCCCCUGAUGCCGGACAUGGUCCACUCCUUCGAGUCCGUGGACCGCGACGACCCGCUGGACCUGCUGUUCCCCGCCCACCACGGCGGGGCCCUGGGCUCCCCGGGGGGCUCGGCGCACGGGAGCCCCGGGGAGCGGGCGCUGUCCCCGGCCCUGCUGCCCGGAAGCCCGUCGCCUCUCCAGACUCCUUUGCAUCCCACCCUGGUCUCCUUUGCUCACGAAGACAGGAGCUGCCCCCCGAGAGAGGGGGGCGUGUACGUGCCCCCCCUGGGCCCCGGGGCCGGCGUGGUGCGGCCCCUGGGGAGCCCGAACUGCGUGAAGAGCCGCGGCAGGUUCCCCAUGAUGGGCAUCGGGCAGAUGCUGAGGAAGCGGCACCAGAGCCUGCAGCCCCCCGCGGACCGGCCCCUGGAGGCCAGCAUGCCUGCGCUGCUGCCCGCGGCGCCCGGCGGCCUCCCCUUCGACGUGGCCGAUGGUGUCAAGGGCCAGUGUUGACGGGGUCGGCGGUGGCCCGAGGGCAGCGGUGGAGCCGACGCCUGGCCUGCAGCAGCCCUCAGGGCUGCGGGGUCCACCGGCAGGGUGGGCUGUGGGGACCGCUGGUGACAGCCGUCCCCUCCUCCUGCUCCCUCGGCGGCACUCGUGGUGGACACGGGGCACCGGCCUGGGGCCCCUCGGACUACGUAUGGACUGUUACCCGUCCUCACUGUGAGCCCUGCCCGGGCCUCCCCGGUCACUGCCUGUUCAGCCAUCGGCCACGGUCACGGGACGCCGACGGCAGUGUCCUGCAGCAGCCCAUCCAGGCCACGGUGUCCGUCCUUUUGCAGAGGUGACUCCCUCGCAGGCCCCUCCCCACCGGCGCCAGCUCCUCUGAGCGGGAGGGGACAGCUGGGCAGAGACCGAUGCAGGCUGCGGGGACCCCCUGAGGGGCAGAGGCCGAGGGGCGUGCACGCGUUCUGAGCGAGGUUUGGACACACUGUCGCCUUUUCGGCAGAAACUUGCUGAGGGGUCAGUGAUCUUCCCCAGAGAUGAGUUUUCUCUGUGUGGCAUCGUUGGGUCGACGUGACAUUUUUAGAAGCCGGAGGAAGAGAUGAGAGGUCCACCAACCGCGUGCGUCCACGAGGGGCCCGGCGUGGAGGCAGAAACACCCCCGUGGGGCUGGCUGUCGUGGCCGGUGGCCCACGGCGACCUGUGGGAUGGCAGCCCCGUGUCCACGCCGUCGCAGCAACAGCACCCCCAUCCUUCCGGAAGGUGCAGAACAGGGUUUCGGUCGGUUAGUUACAGAGAGAAAACGGCCGGGGUCAGACCGGGACGCACCUGGAGGGCGUGGGCCCGCGGCCCGGGGUUUCCAGCUGCCCAGAGGACGGGCGCGGUUCUCUGAGAGCUCGGCCGGGUCGCCGCGAGCCCUCAGGCUGGCCUGGCGGGGCCGCCCUCUGAGGACAGUCCCGUGUCUUCUCUCGGGACAGCUGUGGUCCCCCGACCGGCUCCUGGUCGCUGUUUCUGCUCCUCCCACCGAGGACCGAGCCGAAGACGCUCAGUUCUGUGACCGUCGCCCCUGCGUGUGUGCACGCUGUGGACCCCGGUGAGGUCUGACCGUGUCUCGUGGGCGCUGCCGGGGGCCGUCUCCUCGUGGGGCCUCGGCCUGGCACGAGGGGACCCCUCGGCCACGAGCAGCAUGGGAGAAAGGACUGGCACCGGUUGGAGAGGGAUUAACUCAGCAGGGAGACCACACGGUGGCCCGAGUCCUCGUCGGGCAGGGGAGACGGAAGCCACCCUGGUGGCCGCGCCCUCGAGGACCGAAAAGCCUGCAUCCGUCUGCACUGGUGGCCCGGCAGCGCCGGCGAGCAGGGGUGGCUCGUCUCUGCUCAUCCGCCCGUGGGGACCUCCUCUGCCCCCACGUCCCUGAUGGAGCGAGGGGAGGGCGGACGUCUGCUGACCCCAGAAGCCGUGGCGCUGCCCAGUCCUGGCUGGCCUGGACGGACCUGCAGCGCCUGCUCCCCGGUGGAUGGGCUCGCCCCGCUCUCAGGCUGGCCGGGGCGGGCGGCGGGGGCAGGCAUCAGGCUCCUGGCUGUGCUGUGAUUUCUUCGUGUAGCUUCAGGCUGGGUUCUGGAACAUUCCCUCGAAAGUAGAACUUUCGAAGCAGAGAGAAGCACGUGGAAAAGACCCUCUCUUUUGGAUGGGAGCUUGGUGUUCGAUCGGGGAGGAGACCCAUCCUCAAGGCCGUCCCCGGUGGGCUGCACACCUGUGCCUCUGCAGCCCCCACCCGGCCGGCCCAUCUCGUGUCCCCCUUCCCUUCCGGAUGUGAGUGUCCGUGUCGCUGUCCCCGGCCCCCACCCCCCCACGCUCCGAGAACAGCGGCGGGCUGUCACUCCCUCGAUGCCCGUCUCCCUCGGGACCCUGAACCGUGAAGGAACUCGGCGCGUGGCAGACCCAGUGAGGGGCGAGGGGCGGUGGGAGGGGCUGCGCUGUCUCUCCCGUGUGUGAGCCCCGGGCCCAUGUGUGGGAUCGGGUGAGAGCAGAGGUGUUCGGUUCCUUACUACUUUGUUGUGUUUAUGCGGAAGGCCUGGCUGUCCCUUGGGCGAGUGCGGCGCGUGUUGUCCCUUCGACCCACGACUGUCUGUCUCGUCUGUGACCUCGGUCGGCCUGCGCCCCCUGACGGAAACGGCCGGACUGGCCUCCUGCGAGGUCCGGGAGGAGAAGCCUGCUCCGGCUGUAAGCGAGGACUGUGCGUGUCACUGUUACUAAGUGUCUGUACUUUUAUAAAGACU